AUGUUGCCGGCAGGCUCCUGCAGGUCGCGGCCAAUACACCAGCGAACCCUGUCUGCGGGAGACCGGUCGUGCAGAGCCUGGCCAGAGUCAGGCACGUCAAUGCCACUGCGUUCCGGAAAUGGCCGAGCUUCCGGCGCUGCUCUCGCCUUGUCCGUUGCCGGGUCAGUAGGUGUGCUUGGACGAACCUCGCGAAUCUUCUUGCGAGCAGAGUCCAGAGGCCGACGGCGUAGUUUGGAGGGAAUACCCCUUUACAGCCAGCUGAGAGACCUUUGGCGCCGGAAACUGUUCGUUUCUGCUGCGUUGGCGCUGCUCAUGGGCCUGCUCUGGGUUUGGCAAGGCUUCCAAGGGUGGCAGAACCUCAGAGCCUUCAAUCUGAGCCUGCCCUGGUACAAGCGACUGCCCAGCUCAACAGCACUGGAGAGCUGGAUGCUGGGCACCCACCCUGUGGCUCUUGUCGCAGGGAGGAGGAUCCCUGUCACCUGGAGCACUUUGCAAGGAGACUUUGGUAUGGAUGCGACCUUCGUCUCAAGAGGCCAGCUACACCGGCUGCUCACAGCAUGCUUCCUCCACCACAACGUCUUCCACAUCCUCUUCAACCUUGGCUUCCUGUACACCUUGGCUCCAUUAGAGGUUGGCUGCCGUGGGGCUUUCCUGACCACCUUCAUACUUUCCGGAAUCGCAGGGAACUGGGCUUUUCUGCACUAUGGCACAGCUCGCUAUGCUGUUGGGGCCUCUGGUGGUCUAUGUGGUCUUAUGGGCUUCGAGCUGGUGUCCCUCCUGCGAAACCGUCGAGUGCGUGAGUUCAGGGCACUCUUGCAGUCAGUCUUCGGCAUGCUUGUCAUGGGUGCCAUUGUACCGGGCGUAGCUAACGAAGCACACCUUGGCGGUCUGCUCGCCGGCGUUCUUGUCUCUUUAGUUGUAUCCCGCCGAAGUGGGUAUCGUGGAGCCUUGCUGCCCUGGCCUGUGGUGCUCGGCCUCCUGUCCCUGGCGCCCUUCGGCCGACGCUUCCUGCCUCGCCUUUUUCGAGGUCUUUGCAUUGGCAUCCAGUAUCCCGGCACUUUGGCAAGAGGCCUUUUCUUGUAG